CCUCAGGAGACUAAACGAAAGUAAAAGCAAGGACGCCAUUUUCAGGGUUUAAACACUUUAACAAAGGGUAUAAACGCUAAGCGUAUUUCGUGGUCUGCAGUCAUGCUCUUUUUGAAACACAGAAAGUAGGAGAGCAGUGCCUCCAAAAUGAGUUUCCAUGAGGAAAGAGAGAAUGAAGACACUAUGUCUGAAGCGAGCUCUUCAUCUCCUGGAUCAGGCCACACAUCUCUAAGUGAUGAAUCCAUACAAAAGCUUCCCCCUGCAAUCAGUGAUGCAGUGACCUCUGACCCCUGCGUCAGCAGGAGGAAGACAUCGAGAGCAGAGUCUCCAGAACCCAGCUGUGUGUCUGUGAAGAGUAACAGAUCCAUGCAGAAUCGACCCCCUGUUUUCUGUGAUGGACCAGUGACCUCUGAUCCUCUCAGGGGAGAUAUAAAUGAGAUGAUCAGAUCUGUGUCGUCCUCUGCAUCCCACUCUCAGACUCACAUCAGGCAGGAUGACACAGUCCUGCAGAAACACACACUGGACACUGGAGACCAUCAGAGAGUCAAAGACCAGCUCAAAACCAGCAUGAAGAACAAGUAUGAGAGAUUAUUUGAGGGAAACAAACUCCAAGAGAAUGAAACACUCCUGAACAGGAUCUAUGCACAGCUCUACAUCAUAGAGGGAGAGAAAGAUGCAGUAGAUAAAGCUCUUGAGAGUAAGAAUGGACACCUGGAUCUGUUCCUGCGGUUCCUGCUGGGCGUCUCACUGGAGUCCAAUCAGAGACUCUUACAGGAUCUACUGACUCAAACAGAGAACAGCUCAGAAAGCAUCAGGAGAACCACACAAAUCAAAGGUGAUGGUCUGUAG